AUGCUCAAUUUGCAGGUGUAUCGGAAUCCAGAAGGCGAUAGAUUAUGUGCCGUCGUAGGUUCUGAAGCAAAAUCGGCAAUUGAAACGGCUGGAUGGAAAGCUGCUCCGAUUUCGUUUGCAUCCACCGCCGCACAAGUCCAAAGCCUGAUUGGUGGCAACACUGUUGGUAUUGGGCAACAAGUUGCCGUUGAAAACCCAGGACUCGAUAACGAACUGCAAAUGGCUUUGAUGAAGCUCUACAGCACCGAGGAAGAAAGAAGGGAGACUAUUUCAAAUCUGAUCAAGCGUGGGGCUAACAUGGGUAUGUCAAUGAUCCGGGUUGCUGCGGAUACCCAAAACGGUGCAAAGACUUUGGAAAUCCUUAUGGAACUGGGUGGAUCGGUCCAGCAGAGUGAUCAAUAUGGUAGCACUCCUCUUCAUAUUGCAGCUGUAUUCUGCAAUGCUGAUGUCGCUGAGAUUCUGCUAAAAAAUGGCGCUGACAUUGAGGCCAAAGACAAGGAUGGAGAGACACCAAUGAUGGUGCUUGAAAAGACGAUUGACAGGAGCCAAGAGAUGGAGCUUGGAUUCGGUUCCGUGAUGCCCCCUGACGAAAGACAGCGUCAGGACAAGAUAAAGCAGCUGUUUGAUGCUGCAGUGGCAAGCCCAGCCAAAAGCUGA